AUGCCAUCGGACCCCGCCGCUGCACUCAGCGCCUUGCUGCGCUCUUCCACCAUCCAUGACCACGAGGAGUACCUCAAGGCUGCCAACGCCGCCUUGAAAGCGAACAAGUCCGACAUCACGAGCCAGCACACCCGGGUCGUCGCCCUCCUGAGUCUCGACCGCUUCGAAGAUGCCGUGCGCGCCAUUGGCGAGGGCGGCGAUAGGCUGGCCGAGCAGUGUGUUCUGGAAAAGACCUAUGCCUUUUACAAGAUCGGCAAGUUGGAAGAGGCCACGGCGCUGCUAGAGUCGGCAGGCGACAAGGAUCGUGGCCUCGAGCACUUGGCAGCGCAGGUCGCGUACCGCGCAGACAGGUUUGGGGACGCCAUUCAGAUAUACGACAGGCUCGCGCGUAGUGAGGACCUCGGGGACGAGGAGAAUGACGUGACAAUCAACCGGAGAGCUGUCGCCGCGCAGAUGGUCUGGCAAGGGGUUGGCGUGCAAGAAGUUGACGAAGAUGAUUUGGAUACAUUCGAGCUGUGCUACAACGUCGCCUGCGCCCACAUCGCGAGGGGCAAUUUCGAUAAGGCGUCAGAGCUUCUCCAGAGGGCAGCUAGGCUGUGUGACGGAUCGGACGAAUUGACCGACGAGGACAAGCAGGCGGAGAUGCAGCCGAUACUGGCGCAGCAGGCCUAUGUGUAUGCCAAACUCGGCAAGACCAAGGAGGCCACUGACCUCUACAAGUCUUUGAGCCAAGCAGGCACCGAGGACCAAGACCUCACACUUGUCGUGGGCAACAACCAGUCUAUACUAGACGCGGAGACCACCAACCCCUUCCUCGUCCAGCGAAAGGCCGAUGCUCUGUCACAAAAGGCGCAUAAUGCAAAGCUGUUCAAGUACCAGUCCGACAUUCUCGCCCGAAACAGCCUCGUCGUCGAUCUUAACGCCCAAAAGGUGGACGGCAUCAGCAAAAGGACGGCUGGCUCACUCUCCAAAGCGCAGAUGCCUUCCACGCAAGCCUCGAACAACUCUCUCUCGGUUCUCAACGCAGCUGCCGGUGCCCACGGGUUGUCCGAGGGCGAGCUUCCACGCAAGCUCCAAGACAUGCUGCGCAAGAGCUCUGACGACCUCGGCCUUGCACUCACCAUUGUUCAAGUCCAAUUAAAGCAGGGCAAAAUCGGCGCGGCCCUGUCCACGCUCGAGGCGUUCCUCGCGCGCCUGGAAGCGAAAGAGGAGGCACAUGCUAAGGAUGCUCGGUUCAGCCCCGGCGUAGUGGCUCUGAACGUGUCACUCAUGCGGAACCAGGGGCGCGAGGCGUCGGCCAAGACCGAGCUCGUCAAGUCGGCGCGUUACUGGAAAGACCGUCCUGCCGGCUUCGCGACGGCUCUUUUGAGGGAAGCUGGCAUUGAGCUGCUCCGCUCGUCCAGCUCCGAGGAACUUGACCUGGCGGGGUCCGCUUUUGAAAAGCUCUUCAAAGAGAAUCAUGGCACGCACAUUGCCGCCGCCGGGCUAGUUGCCUCCCUAGCCACUUCGGAUCCCCAAAAGGCGGAGCAGUACAUCGGCCAGCUCCCGGCCGUGAAUGAUCUGAUUGGCGCCGUGGACGUGAAGAGUCUCAUAGCAACGGGCGUAGCCAGCCUUCCCAAAUUAUCUGCAGCCCCCAAGCGCCGCGCAACCGACGACGACGCGGACACGAAGGCCGCCAAGAAACGCCGGAAGCGCAAGCUCCCUGAGAACUACGACCCGAACAAGACCCCGGACCCUGAGCGCUGGCUGCCGCUACGAGACCGGUCGUCAUAUCGGCCCAAGGGGAAGAAGGGUAAGAAGAAGGUCGCAGAAUCUACACAGGGCGGCGUUGCCAAGGAAGAGGAGAAACUGGGACUUGUCGGCGGUGGCGAUGUCAAGGUCGAGCGCGCCCCUGCCGCUGGGGCUGCCAGCAAAAAGAAGAAAAAGGGUAAGAAAUAA